AUGCCUCUUGAAAAGUAUUUUCUUCAUCCCUCUCCAGAAGAGAAGAGGAAACACAAGAAGAAGUGCCCGGUGCAGAACCCCAAUUCCUACUUCAUGGAUGUGAAAUAUCCAGGAUGCUAUAAAAUCACCACCAUCUUUAGCCAUACACAAACAGUAGUUUUGUGAGUUGGCUGCUCUUCUGUCCUCUGCUAGCCCACAGGAGGAAAAGCAGGGCUUACAGAAGGAUGCUCCUUUCAAGGGAAGCAGCACUAA